AUGGCUUCUUCUUCUUCCAAUGAUCGUCUUGAGCUAGUAGCAGCUGCAUUAACCAGUCUAAUACCAGGGAGUAAAGUCAUUACUAAAGAUGAUCCACUGUAUGCAACAUUGGAGGAUCCAAAACCAUUAACAUACGAUAUAUUAAGUAAAAACGUGAUUGUAGAGAGCAGGCCAGAGCCUGAACCUGGGCUAGUUGAACCGUUUGAGGUAACAGAAUUAGAUGCGGAGGCAGUCACAAACCAGACUAUGAGACUUUCUCUUUUAAUUGCGACUCCAACAGAGAAAUUCACCAUCACAGUUCGAUUCCUCAAUGGCCAACCCUACAGGUUUCGAAUAGAUCCCAGAGCUACAGUGUAUGGACUGAAGUGGUCCAUCUUUAAGAGUAAAGGGUUUGAUGAGUACUCACAGUAUGAUGUUAAUAACAUUGUACUCACCUUUGAGGGAACUGAGCUCAAUGAUGAUGAAUUGCUGACAGACUGUGGGAUUAAAUACAUGUCAAACGUAACAGCUGUUGUUAAACUAAGAGGAGCCUCUAAAUCAACAAUGCUAGUGUUAGAUGAGGACCUAUUGGAUCCAGUUUGGGAUUAUGACUUCACACACAUUGAUGAUAAGGACAGAGAGUUCAAAAGAGGUGGUCAUGUCUACAAGCGUCCGUGUGGCUGGAAUAGAAUAGCUCUUAGAGUAAGAGGAAAGUAUGAAGAUGAUAAGUGGUUGGAAUGUUUUGGUCUACCUGGUGAAUGGCCGGUCUCUUAUCAUGGAACAAAAAAGGAAAGGGCAGAAGGUAUUGCUAAAACAGGAUAUGAUCAGAAAAAAUGGAAUAAAAUGUAUUAUGGUGACGGGUUUUACUCUACUCCUGAUAUUGCUGUUGCUGCUGGAUAUGCCACUUCAUUUCCCUUUGGAGGCAAACGGUACAAAGUUGUCAUGCAGAAUAGAGUUAAUCUCAGUCCUGGAUACACUACCAUAAUACCAGAGGAGAAGACACUCGCUGGAGCAGAGUAUUACGUGACACCAUCUGCUGACGACUUACGUGCAUAUGGUAUAUGUAUAAAAGAAGUUAGUGCUUACAACUUCUUGUGUUAA